UAUUAUAUUUUGUUACAAUACAAAAAAAUUUUUUCUUGCAAGCGUAUUUUUUAAAUUAAUUUCUUCUUAAGCCAAAUUAAAAGCGAAACUUAUUUAAAAGACCAGAAAUUUCAAAAGCAUAAAAUUUAGCAAAAUGGAUGUUUCGCCAAACAGAAAUAGUGCCGGCAGUGCCAGCAAACUCGUAUCGACACCAUUAACGCCUGGUCGUAAGGAUCUUUCCAAAUCCAUACCCAAAUUAACUGGUGAGCAAACUUUCAAGCAAAAGAUCGAGCCAUCUAAAAGGCCGUCCUCAGCAACGGACUCAGCUGUUGAGAGUGGUUCCAUUGCUCCCAUCGCUCCCACCACAAGCAAUACUCCUACACUAACGCCCAAAAGCAGUAAUGAAUCGAAACCGCACUACGUUCGGUCAAAAACUUUGACGUCGGCGCAAAACAACGUCCAAACGAAAAUCCCCAUGAAACGCACUACGGCUACAAAUGCAACCACGAAGACUGGAACUACACCGCGCUUCGGUCAGCGCCAACAAAUGCGAUCCGCCUCCAAGAUCAGCUUAACCAUCAAAGAAUUGGGCGGUAACAAGAAACUCGAACCAAACAUGUCCAAAAUGAGUUUCAAGGCGAACACUUCGACGAAUUUAAAGCCGCCACAUAUAAAAACGCCGACAUUGCGUGGCAAUGCGGCUGCUAGGAUCUCGAAGAGAAGUGCUAGCACCAUUUCCUCUCGCAGCAAUUGCGAUAUACGCAAAGGUGAAGUAGCCUUGCCACAACUCACCAAAAUUACUUCAACUGCUGGUGAUCACGACGCCGGAGGCGGGCAAGUACUGAGCGCCCGUGAACGUGUCGUCGAGAAUAAUAAACUGAAAGUGUUCGAGGGUCUUCAACGCAAGUUGCAGGAUAUGCAAACGGACUUCAUGCAAAAGUUCGAGACCCUAAAACUCAGCUCACCCGACAAACUAAAAGCGGACUAUAAAUUCAUAACCUUGGUUAAGAAUGACGAAUAUAAGUUGGUACUGAAGGACGAUCACGUGAUUAAGAUGCCGAAGAAAUUACCGACGGACUCUGUAAAUGAUUUUAAAGAGAAAGUGCGCUUCGCAGUGAACAGUUGCCUUAUGUGCCUGAUAGAUAACCUAAGUGAAGCGGAGCGUACGCUGAAUUUGGAUGAAAUGCGUACUAAGCUUGAAGAAGAGCAGACCAAAAAAUUGCAAGAUCUCUUCGAAUGCGUGAACUCGCUAGCCAAAGCCCGGGAUACCGAGAUGGAUACGCAGAUCGUUAGAAUGCAAAAAGAAAUACAGGAGGGCAAAAAAGCCUUACAAAUGGCCGAUAAGCGGUUAGCGGAAUUGAAAGCUGUACACACUGAUGAAAUAGAGACUUUGCAGAAAGAGUUAAAGGAAAAAACUGAAGCCGAUGCAACAAAGCGGGAAACUCAAAUCGCUGAGAUGAAUCGAAAACUGCGUAAUUUAGAGAAACAACAUGAUAAAUUGAAGACCACACUGCAACAGAAUACAGAGGAAUGCACCCACGAACAAACGGAGAAGGCGAAGCUGCAGGAGGAACUGAAAAGUUGUAAGGAAAAUAUUCAAGCUCUCAAUAAGAAAUUGGCACACUCUGAAAAUCAAUUGAACCACGAAAAGAAAGAUAAACACGAGAAAAACGAAACCAUACAAAAACUGGAAGUUGAACUCGAAAAGUCUAAGAAGGCAAUAGAAGAAGCAAUCCAAACGAAAACACAAGUCGAACAUUCCCACCAUGAGAAAGAACUCAAAAAGGAGAUAAAUAAGUUGAAAGGAAAAAUAGACGCAUCGGAAAAAGAGAAGCAUGAGUUUGUGGAGCAGGUUGAGAAACUGCAGGAGAAAAUUAUGGAGAUGGAUAAGUUACGGGAUAAGAUCAGUGAACUGGAAGAAAGUAAUCGAGAAUUGUUGGAACGCGAGAAACAUGCCGAAGAAAGCACAGAAUUGCCCAAGGAAAAUCAGGAAGAGUUCCAAAAAUUACUUCAGUCCGAGGCCGAAAAACAUCGAGAAAUCGAAAAACUCAAAGUUGAAUUAUGCAAAGCGCACUUUAGUAUCGAACAGCUGGAGGAACAGAUCCGCCGCGAUCAACAACUGCUAGAGGUGCGCAGCGAAUUGAUAAACUCCUUGCAAACGAAUGACAAUAGUCAGCGCAUACAUCUUGAUCAAAUGUUUGCCGAUGUUGGUGAAAAGAAUAUUACCAUCAAUGAGGUAUGGCUGAACAAUGAGUUGCGUACGAAAUCGGAGGAAUUCAAUAAUCUCUUCAACACGUUGAGUCACAAGCAAAUGGAAUUGUCACGUCAGGAGCAUAUGAUAAAGUUGUUGGAGGAGAGUAAUGACCGUAGUCAGAUGUUGCGGGUGAAGCAGGAGGAGAAGAUCGGAAGGAUGGAAGAAGAGAUUGCUAACCUGAAGCAAACAAUCGCCAUCUAUCAACACAAUGUGCUUGGAAAUCCCGGCUGUAAGAAUCUCAUCUAUCAACCCAUCCCGGGAUCGGAUGACUGCAAUGAAAACCUUUACUAUUACACCAGCGAAAGGCGACGUAAACGUCAGAUUGACAUUAAUGUGAAGAAAUAUGAAACCUAAAUGAAAAAAAUUAACAAAAUUAAUAAUCAUAUAAAAUCAACGAUCAGCAUUCGAAGUAUCCUUUGUGGAAACUGUGUUAUCUGUAGUCUGAUAUCGGUACUCUCUCAUUGCUGUUGUUUGCUUUCGUGUUUCGGUACGUGUGUAUCUGUACUUGUAUAACAUAUGUAUGUACAAAUGUGAGUGAAUGUAAAUAUGUAUAUAUGUAUACUACGCGGCAGAACUAUCUGGCCAUCAAAAAUUAUUAACUUUUGAAUUGUACUCGUAUUGCAUAAAAAUACUGAGCCGGAAGUUAACCGGUAAUUCAAAAUUAAUUUAAUAAACGAGUAUUGAUCUGUGAA